AUGAAGAUCACCGCUCUCGCCAUCACUGCGCUAGCCACCGUAGCAAGCGUCGCAUCCGCUGACGACUACCAGCCGGCUCUCCGAGCACUUGCCGCACAGGAGCCAACUGCACCCAUUGCCGACACACUUGCUUCCGACCCGACCAAGCAACAAUCCUCUUCUCCUGUGGAGGCUGCUGCUGCAGCUGCCAACACGGAGCAUGAUGUCGACGAUGACAGCAAGAAGGCCAAGGAGUGGUGGGGACGACCGGGAUGGGGACAUCGCUGGGGAGGCUAUGGAUGGGGGCGUCCCUGGGGUGGGGUGGCUACGGUGGUGGCUGGGGUGGAUACGGUGGCGGCUGGGGAUGGUAGACGUCACACAUCAACGACACCAUCGACACGCUUGCAACCUGCCGCACUCUCACACGGACGGAACAGAACAAGGCGACUGCAAUGUAGCCAAUCAAAUGGAAAUCGGCAUGCUCAUUCAGCCUCGCUUUGUUCUCUAACGCUCUGA